CUUUCAGUCUUUGUCGCUCAUCCAAACUCGGCCAAAGCCUAUUGUCGACGACGACGAUACUACCGGCGAAACCGACGAUCGACGAUGAAGUUAACGGUUGAGUGGUUGACAACGAAGCCAAGCCCCAAGGUCAAUGACGAUGCUAGCAGUCAACGGCGCCGCCUCCCGCCCUCCACUGCUAAUCUACGAUGAAGCAAGCAUAAGCCAAGGAUGACGGCGAAGCUAGAAGUCGGUGACGCCACCGCCGCCGCCUCCCGCCCUCCCCUGCUAAUCUGCGAAUAUAGAUUCGAUAGGGAUGGCCAGAAGCGCACCAUUGUUGCUACUGCUAUUGGUGCUUAGCACUGUAAGUAGUUUAGUUCAAUGCAACACCAGUGUGCUGAGCAGAAAGAGCUUUCCGGCGGGGUUCGUUUUCGGCACAGCCACCUCGGCUUACCAAGUCGAAGGUGCCACUGACAUUCAUAAGUAUGGUCGUGGACCUAGUAUUUGGGACACCUUCAUUAAAACUCCUGGACUUGAGCCUAAUAAUGCUACUGGAGAUGUGGCUGUGGACCAGUACCAUCAUUACAAAAAAGAUAUUGAUUUGCUGGUGAAGCUGAACUUUGAUGCCUACCGUUUCUCAAUCUCUUGGACCAGGAUAUUCCCAAAUGGAACUGGCAAGGUAAAUUGGAAAGGAGUUGACUACUAUAACAGGUUGAUCAAUUACAUGCUGAAAAAAGGCAUUACUCCAUACGCAUGUCUUAACCAUUAUGAUCUUCCUCAAGCACUUCAAGAUAGGUAUGGAGGAUGGUUGGGCCGCCAAGUGACGGAGGAUUUUGCUGAUUAUGCAGAAUUCUGCUUCAAAACAUUUGGAGAUCGAGUGAAGAACUGGUUUUCAUUCAAUGAACCCAGGGUGGUAGCAGCUUUGGGGUACGACACUGGAUUUUUUGCCCCGGGGAGGUGCUCCAACUGCACUGAGGGGAACUCUGCAACUGAGCCUUACACCGUUGCACACAAUCUCAUUCUCUGCCAUGCUGCAGCUGCUCAAAGAUACCAUACUAAGUAUCAGGCGAAACAGAAUGGAAGCUUUGGCAUUCUCUUGGAUUUUGUAUGGUAUGAACCUCUAACAAUGGCAGAUGAACAUGCAGCUCAAAGAGCCAGGGACUUUCAUAUAGGAUGGUUUCUACAUCCUAUAGUGUACGGAGAAUAUCCAAAAACUAUGCAGAAAAUUGUUGGGGAUAGGCUUCCCAAGUUCACACAUGACGAGGUUAAGAUGGUGAAAGGAUCAUUUGAUUAUGUUGGUAUAAAUCAGUAUACUACUUAUUAUGUGUAUGACCCUUCCCCAAACACAUCAAGUACCAUCGACUAUCAGAAUGAUUGGAACGCUGUAUUUGCUUAUGAUCGCAAUGGAGUGCCAAUUGGUCCAAGGGCAAAUUCAGACUGGUUGUACAUGGUGCCAUGGGGAUUGUACAAGGCAGUAACCUAUGUAAAAGAACAAUACGGCAAUCCCCGUAUGUUUAUAUCUGAAAAUGGGAUGGAUUAUGAUGGCAAUCUCACCUUAGCCGAAUCAUUUAACGACACAAAAAGGAUCUCUUACUACAAGAGUUAUAUAGGUGAAGUGAAGAGGGCAGUGGAUCAUGGAGCCAACUUGUUUGGGUACUUUGCAUGGUCAUUGGUGGACAACUUUGAAUGGAGAUUGGGAUAUACUUCAAGGUUUGGAAUUGUGUAUAUUGAUUUCAACACACUCAAGAGAAUGAGAUAUCCUAAGAAGUCUGCAUACUGGUUCCAACAUUUCCUUCGUCGAAACAAGUAUUGAGUUUCGUUGAUAUGACCACCACAAAAGUAAAUUAAUUAUGUAGAAUUAUAGAUAUGUAGUAGUAGUAGUAUUAUAGAUUUAGUUUGUUAGUGUUAUACAUUUAUAGUGGUAUUAUAGAUUUAGUUUGUUUUAGUGUUAGAAUCAAAUAGAAUUAUUUAUGUUUACACAUUAUCACUAAUCUUAUUAAUUAAGAAGAUUAUUGAA